CCAAAUUUCACAUUAUCAAUACCAUUACACAAGCACUCAAUUUGCCCAUCACGGUUCUAUUAGAAUUUGCCUACCAACAUGCAGUUCCACCACCUCCUGACUGCCCUGUCUGCAGGCCUGGCUUUUGCAGCACCUGCCCCGGAGGAGUUUGUUGCCGUUGACGCUGAACUUGUGGCUCCUGCCGCAUGCCUUCCGGCCUCUUGCGCUUCUUUCGGUUGCUGUUCAGGAAAUUGUGGAUACUGGUGUCGAGCUUGCAGCAUCAAGUAUACCUGUUAAAGGAGCACAGAGUUGUGUGCUCUCUCGCCCUGACAGACUCUCUACAGAAUGAUUUCAGAUGAGUUCGUGGCGCGUAUCAAAAGUGGGAGGAGGAUUGGGUCCGAUGUUUUAUUCCAUGCUCCUAUAUGUAUGUCUUUUUCAAAUGUUGCUAGGACUUUGAAGAUGCAUCUUCACCAAGAGGGCUACCUGAGUCCGCGAUGGUAUUAAUGGUCGAGGAUGUAGAACAGUCGUGGGAACAAGUUAGCGAUGCACCGGUAAUCACUCUUUCAGAAUUCUCGUAUAAUCAAUAACCAGUUUGGUUUCCUGAACAUAAAAAUCUACAUCUUUCCAUCCUCGAG